UCCAGUGAAAAAAACAUUGUUGACCUAUCUUUCUGCCGGUAAAAAUAUAGAAUCGCGUAAAACACAAGUUAUUUUAUCGCGAGUACAUCGGUUAUUUGCGCAAAAUGGAGGAAUGCCAUCCGAUAAAAGUAGAAGAGCUUACAAUAUUCGACACUUUACUUAUGAAAGAGGAAACUCAGUGCUCUGGAGAAACGACUACACCGAACGCUGGGACGGAAAGUUCAGCCGAUGUGAAACAAGAACCUGCGACGGAUAUCACUGAAGAAAUAAGGACCACAGCAGAUUGUAACGAAAUUGCAGCUUUUAGUUCCAGCAAUGACAAUAGCAGAACUCAUACCGGGGAACGUUCCUCUGAAUGUGAUAUCUGUAAUAAAACAUUCAAUAGCCCCAAGGAUCUACUUUACCAUAAGAAUCGUCAUACAGAUACAGGAGAAAGUGAAUUUGUGUGUGACAUAUGCGAACGACGUUUUACUAAAAAGAAAAGAUUAUUAUCCCACAUGAAUCUACAUCGCACAGAUGUCCCACAUCAGUGUCGGAUUUGCAGUAGAAAAUUUCCAACUAGGCACGAACUCGCACAUCAUAUGCCCCGACACAGCGAUGAGCGACCAUUUAAAUGCCCUAUCUGUGGCAGAUCAAUGAAGAGAUCCAAAACCUUAAGGGUUCAUUUAAACAAAAUGCACAAGUUCGAUCCAUUCCCAAGCAUUUUGGACAGUUGGAAACCAAGAAACCACACUUGUGAAAUCUGCAGCAGAAUAUACAUUACACCCGAACGUUUGCAUCACCAUAUGAGUGCACAUACAGGAGACCGAAACUUCCAGUGUGAUAUAUGCGGACGACGAUUUAGCUUGAAGAAAAAAAUAUCUUCUCACAUGAAAACUCACCGCACAGAUUGCCCACAUAAGUGUCUGAUUUGCGGAAGAAAAUGCUCAACUAACUUUUUUCUGGAAGACCAUAUGCGCAGUCACAGCGUUUGGCGGCCCUUCAAAUGUGACAUCUGCGACAAAUCCUUCAAGAUAUCGAGAACCUUAACGCAACAUAUGCGGAAGGUUCACAAUAUCGAUCCCUUCUCAAAGCCUCUACUGCGGUAUGCCACGUCUCUAGAACACGUUUCUAUCUCAACCCCGUCGUGGUGCCCAUUAGGUGACGUGGAGGAUUUGGAACCAAGCCAAACUGAUAACAGCCGGAGCGAAAGUUCAGGGAAAUACACCUGCGACAUAUGCGGUAAACAGUACAAAACAAAAAAUUCUCUUCGCUUGCAUCAGCAACUUCAUCAGAGCACUGUAGUGAGAUCCGAACGGAAAUUUCAAUGUGAAAUCUGUAGCGAAGCAUUCUCCCAAGAAUCAAUAUUAGCGCGACACAUUGAAGCUCACAGCACCAAGCGACACCAGUGUAAGAUCUGUGGGAAAGGAUAUACCCGCCUGAACGCUCUCCUGUUGCAUAUGACUUAUCACGCAGAGCAAAUACCUGUGAAUUGUAAUCUUUGCGGUAUAUCAUGUGAGUCAGCUAAAGCUUUGAUAGAACAUAAAAUAAAGCACACCUCGAAGAAGAUGCGGCAGAAAUGCGAAAUUUGUGGGAAAGGAUUUCUAAGUUCUCAAAACCUCACGAUGCAUAUGAUGUACCAUACUGCAGAACGACCUUUCAAAUGUGAAAUUUGCGGGUCCGCAUACAAGUCCGUUGUUGGUUUGAGAGAGCAUCAGAUGAAGCACGGCUUUGAGAGUCCUUAUGAAUGCGAAAUUUGUGAAAAAAGAUUUUUCACUCCUAGACGGCUCAAACUGCAUAUGACUUGUCAUUCUGUAGAACGACCUUUCAAAUGCGACAUUUGCGAGUCCGCAUUUAAGUCAGUUGAAAAUUUGAGAAUGCAUCAGAAAAAGCACACCCCUGAGAAGCCAUGCAAAUGUGAAAUUUGCGGUAAAACAUUUCUAUAUCCUUCCGUCCUUAAUCACCACAUGCUUUGCCAUACUGAUGAACGGCCUUUUAAAUGUGACAUGUGCGACCGGUCAUUUAAGUUCGCGGGUAAUCUGUUAACUCACAAGAAAAAACAUAAUUUAGAGUGUGCGCCCAAAUUUCUACCGGUAAAAAUAUUUAAUCGCGUAAAAAACAAGUUUAUUUACCGCGAGCUCAUCGUUUUUUUUUUGCGCAAAAUGGAGGAAUGCCAUCCGAUAAAAGUAGAAGAGCUUACAAUAUUCGACACUUUACUUGUGAAAGAGGAAACUCAGUGCUCCAGAGAAACGACUACACCGAACGCUGGGACGGAAAGUUCAGCCGAUGUGAAACAAGAACCUGCGACGGAUAUCACUGGAGAAUUUAGGACCACAGCAGAUUGUAACGAAAUUGCAGUUUCUAGUUCCAGCAAUGCCAUUGUUAUUGAUCAUCCACGGAAAAAGUUCGUUUGUGAAUUCUGUAACAUGGAAUUUAUUAGAGAUUACAACUUUGAGAAUCAUAGAAGAAUUCAUAUCGAAGAACGUCCUCUUACAUGUGAUAAAUGCAACAAAACAUUUAGCACUUCCAGAAGUCUACGGUACCAUACGUGUGCUAAUACAAGAGAACGCAACUUUGAGUGUGACAUAUGCGAACGACGUUUCUCCGAAAAAAGAACUCUAGCGAUCCAUAUUAGAAUACAUUCCUCGGAUUGCCCAUAUAAGUGCCUGAUUUGCGAAAAAAAAUUUGCAAGAAAAACCACGCUUCAAGAUCAUAUGCUCAGGCACAGCGAUGAGCGACCCUUUAAAUGCGACAUCUGUGGCACAUCAUUCAAGAGAUCCAGAGCAUUAAAGAAACAUUUGAACAAUACCCAUAAGGUUGGUUUCUCUCCAAGCAACUUGAACAGUUCGAGACCGGGAAAUGGCCCCGGGAAGCGACGUUUUGCUUGUGAUAUCUGCGGCAGAACAUGCAACACACCUGAACGUUUGCACCACCAUAUGAGUGCUCAUACAGGAGACCGGAACUUCGAGUGUGACAUAUGCGGACGACGAUUUAGUCAUAAAGCCACUUUAUCGAUUCACAUGAAUAUACACCGUACAGGUUGCCCGCAUAAGUGUUUGAAGUGCGAUAGAACUUUCAAAACUAACAUUCGUCUCGAAGACCAUAUGCGUAGUCACAGCGAGGAGCGACCCUUCAAAUGUAGUGUCUGUGACAUAUCAUACAAGAGGUCGAGAGCUUUAAAGCGUCAUAUGCUACUGAAGGGCCACGAGGUCGAUCGAUUGCCAAGCAACGCGGAAACCUCAGCAAAAUACAACUGCGACAUUUGUGGUAAACAGUACAAACAAAAAAAUGGUCUCCGCUUGCAUUUGGAACUUCAUCAGAGCACUGUUGCGAGACACGGACUCCGGAAGUUUCAAUGUGAAAUCUGUAGCGUAACAUUUUUAAAAGAGUCAAAAUUAGCACGACACAUUGAAGCUCACAGCACGAAGCCACACCAGUGCAAGAUUUGCGGUAAAGGAUAUGUCCGGCCAUACGCUCUUCUAAUGCAUAUGACUUGUCACACAGAGCAAAUACCUGUUAAUUGUGAUAUCUGUGGUAUAUCACAUGAGUCAGUUCAUACUUUGUUAGAACAUAGAAUAAUACACAUCUCAGAGAGGCGACAUGAAUGCGAAAUUUGCGGGAAAGGAUUUUCACGUUAUCAAAGGCUAGUACAGCAUGUGAUGUGCCAUACCGAAGAACGACCUUUUAAAUGUGAUGUUUGCGGGUCCGCAUAUAAGUCAGCUGAAAUUUUACAAGCGCAUCAGAUAAAGCACGACACUAAGAGAUCAUAUGAAUGCGACAUUUGUGGGAAAAGAUUUUCUCGUUUUGGUCUGAUCAAAAUGCAUAUGACUAGUCAUACUGAUGAACGACCUUUCAAUUGUGAUAUUUGUGGGUCUGCAUUUAAGUCGGUUGAAAGUAUGAAACUACAUCGGAAAAAGCACAUCUCUGAGAAGCCACAUAAAUGCGAACAAUGCGGGAAAAACUUUAUAUUUGCAUGCCUUCUAGAGCGGCAUAUGGUUCGCCAUACUAAUGAACAGCCUUUUAAAUGUAAUUUGUGCGAACGAUUGUUUAAGUCAGCUAAUAGUCUGAGAACUCACACGAAAAAACAUUAUUUUAUUCGCUCAUAGGAAUGACCUUACAAAUGCGAUAGAAGUAGAAUAUAGCACUCUCAAUGCAACUGAGCAAAUGUGACAUCAGUCAACGAAAUUUCAAGUGCAAGUAGGAACCUAUGGAUACAAAUUCGCAACAAGAAUUGUAUAUAUGGUUGAAAGGCGCACAAAACUGACGAUCACCUGCCAAACAAGCUGUUGGGGUUUGCGUUCUUCCCGGAUAGCAAAAUACAAUUUCAGUUACAAUCUGAACAGCUUUAAACUAGAAGAACUAUCCAGGUUACAAACUUUUUACUCAAAAGGACCUCACUUCGACCUCGAUUCUGUUAACCAGAAUUGUUUGUUUAAAUAUCACCCGUUUAACGUCAGUUCUACUCCAAGGUCAGUCUAAGAAUCGGCUGAUCAGUUUUAUUUUUCUGUAUUUUAUCUUGAUAUCUCUCCAAAUGGGCCACACCUUACUUUCUUCUUUCGACGUUUUUCUCAAUCUUAACCUAUCUACUUCCGCUCUGACAAUUUGCUUCUUUCUAUUUGACAUUUCUUAACUACUUUUCAAACCAUGCCGCCUCCGCACGACUAGUGCGACCAGAAAAUUCCUCAGUCCAUAACACUUCCGAAGGUCGCUUCCGCUUUCUGUAGCUCGCUUGAAUGUUCCGCUCUCCGUUCGAGCCAAUGCCUGCCGGAUCCUUGCAUUUCUGGACACGAUACGCGUUUUCACCACUCUACGAACUCAACACUUCCGGUUGUCUCCAUCUAUGACAGACACCAGAUCUCCAGCUUACAGCGCGUUCCCACAUCACGCUGCCCAACUGCUUCGGACGCUGAAACACGUCCCUAAGCGCCACGGCAGGAUGUGGCUGUUAACCUACCGAGCAUCUACUGUACUCACGAUCAAAGUGAUAUGGAGUGAGAAGUGAUAGAAGCUAGAUCUAUGCGACGCCGUUCUACAAUAGCAGCGUCGUCGUUGGGUGUUUACAUCUGAAACAAUAGCGAUCAAAAAGCAGAAACGUGUCGGAUAGAAUAUUUUUUAAUUUGCUUAUAUUUACCGUGGAAUAAGAUUAAAAUAAUACUUAAAAUAAUAGAAAACGAUACUCACUUUGCUAAUUAUUGAAUGCUACUUAAAAUUGGUUACAUUUGGUUAUAAAAUACUGAAGACAACACACAAUAAAUACAUAAAAGUUCCUUAAACUAGUGACUAGAAGAGUAGACGAACGUCGUGACUAGAAUAACUCGUGUCGGAACAUUGACAAUUAAUUGAAAAAUCCUCAUUGCAAACGUGUCAAAGUGAAGAAAAAACUAUCAAAUUGUAAGUAAAUACGCCUAAUGAAGUGAGUUGAACUAAUUUGAAUAUUAAAACUUGCAGUUUGAGCUGAAUUAAAGCUGCUUCAAAA